AUGGCUGAUGACGACUCGUCCGAUUUAUCUUCUCUCUCGUCAUUGUCUCCCCCUCCUGCAGACAUCGAUGAUGAGGUCGAGGUCAAGCCUGACAAGCAAGGCAUCCUCAAGUACCUGACCAAGACCAAGCCCGAAGAUGCUGCCGCGUCCAGGAAAACGCCUCCUCCACGCAAGCGAGAGCAGUCUCCUCCCCACGAUUUUGUCUUUGCAGACAAUGAAGAUAUAGCUGUGAGUCGAAAAUCGCGUCCAAAUCGCGGUUUUUUUAUUGUCAUGUUUCGCAAGCGAUUCGACAGCGCAAUGCCUAGAUCGCUGGCGCAUUUCGGACCUCUCGAACUCGAAGAAGACAUAAAACAAGAGCCUCCUGCCGAGAGAGUCGAGCAUUUCCUCUGUGUGGUGCUCGGGCUGCUCCUCAACAGAAAGCAGGACAUCAAGAUUGGACACUACAAUAAAGCCCUGGGCGAAGACGCCGUUUCAGGCGCGACCUUCAAGACACAGUGGCCACGGCACUGGACCGAGAAUCCCCUGCAGGGCGGCACGUUUCACACAAUCACACCCGAGAAACGACUCGACCUGCUGAAAACACUUACCGUCUGGGCUCUCGGCCACUCUGACGCGAUCAAAGCCCUGAUCAACUCGAGCUAUACAGGGAAGCGCACGAACGAUGAUCUCAAUCAGCCACUGUCGGUCCAGCCGUGGGGCGUCGAUAGCGACAAGCGCCGGUACUACCUUAUCGAGGGCGACGACAGCUGCUCAUUCAGAGUCUACCGCGAGUCGAACCCAGCCGCUCUCUACAACAGACAAUGGAUCAGCGUGGCGGGUAGCAUUGAUGAGGUCAAGGCGCUGGCCGAGAAGCUCGCGACAGCUGAUGGGGGUCCCAAUGCCCGCAAGCUCAGCAGCAAUAUACACAAGAACAUCCCAAAUUUUGAGGAGAAAGAGGAGAAGCGGAGGCGUCGUGAGUACAGACGACAACAGAAAGAACGAUUCCGUCGCCCUGAACCCGGUUUCUCUAUAUACGAAGGACGGACGCGGGGCAAACGGGUCAAAUACACCUUCUCGGACGAGGAGGAUUUCCAGACCGAUUCGACCAACAGAAGGUCGACAAGAAACACUAGAAAUCACAGCCCUGUCGAGACAGGCCCUGUUGUGACGGCCAGUGGCCGGCAGUCCCGUCCGCCCGCACGACUUAAUGCCAACGCUGAUGCCCUGAGCAAUGGAGGUGUCAGCGGUGCGCCUAGCGUGCAAGGCGAUGCUGCGGACACUGAAAUGAGCGAGCCACCGGAAGUCGGACCAACUGGCCGGCCUCGUCGAUCUGCUGCCACACAUCAAGGCACCAACAGCUGGGCACAACCCCGCAAGAGACGGCGGGACUACGUCUCUGAUGAGGAGGAGGACGAGUCGGAACCUGAUCUCGGCGAUGACGAGGAAGAAGAUCACAUUCCCCAGGACGAGACGGACGAUGAAGAGGAAUUUGAAAAUGAUGCGAUGGAUGAGGAUGACAACGAGAUUGCAGCCGACAGCCCUGGAUCGAAUGAUAGCCGUGUGGUCAAGCUCCCGAUCAAGGUCAAGUUCGACAAAAACGGCAGGGUCAGGCGUCUUCUCAACGACGAGGACACACCGUCUGCCUCUACGCCAUCAAACAUGGUCUCGUCUCCUUCAGCAGUUGGCGAGCAGUCCGAGGACAGCCCAAGUGAUUAUCCCACCUACGAACCACGGCGAACCGAAGACGUUGUCAAUGUUAUGCCACUCAAAGCAACGCCGGAGACAACUCUGAAAGAUGAUGGCGCUUCUCAAGCCAACUCUACUUUGACUCCUACAAGCCACCCGUCUGCACCAUCCACUCCACUGGGUGGCAUGGGCGUUUCGCCAACCCUCGCCUUUCGGGGCAGUCCCGAGAAGGCUCAGCCUCUUCCCCGAGUAGUUGCGUCGGCUGAUCUAGAAUAG